GACGUCAUCGCAGUCGGCCGCCAUUCUUGGCCGGAUGUGAGGCGCGGGAACGAAGGCGGCGCGCCUGAGGAGAUUCACAAGUUGUAGGGCAACAACAACAACCACCACCACCACCGCCACUAACAACCACCACUAACAACCACCACUAACCACCACCGCCACUAACAACCACCACUAACCACCGCCACUAACAACCACCACUGCUACUACCACCACCGCUACUACAACUACUAACCACUACUAACAACUACAAACCACCACCAUCCACCACCAACCACUACUACUACUAACUACUACCACCAUUACCACAACCACCACCACUACUAACAACAACCACCACUACUACUACUAACAACAACCACCACGACUACCAACCACCACUGCUACUACCACCACCACUACUACAACUACUAACCACUACUAACAACUACAAACCACCACCAACCACUACUACCACCAACCACUACUACUACUAACUACUACCACCAUUACCACCACCACGACUACUAACAACCACCACCACCACUAUUAUCAACCACCACCACUACUACCCACUACUACUACUACCAGCCACAACCAGCACUACUUCAACUAGCAGCAGUAACAACAACAACCACCACCAGCUCAGUCGCCAGCAGCAGCAGCAGCCUCAGAGAGGAGAGGAGAGAAUGGACGCGCGGAUAGCACGACAGACAGCCCACAGAGCGCGAAACGGCGCUGCAAACGGGACUGGUUCUGUGGCAGCUGCAUCCCUGCUGCAGAUGAUGCCGCUUGGAGGAGCACGGAGCCAUCAGUGAGAGCCGUCGGUCCCAUGCCCUGAGACUCCUCAGACAGACGAGACGCAAACAAUACAUAGGUGGUGACAAAGUCCAUUGGUGACAGACAACAGGGACACAAGGUGAAACGCGGGUACCGGCAUACGAGUGGUGAAGUCAAGAGGACGAGGUUAGACACAGCAACGACAAAGAUCCCCCCCCGUGUAACCCGAGCAGACUGUCGAGGCAAGUGCUGUAGCGAGUAGCAGCACCUUUUUUAGGGCCGGCACAGUUGCACACGAGUGGCUGAGUGGCCAACACCACGCCCGGCUGCCUUUGUCUACACACCACACCAGGUACUCAUUUGAGACUGAGCCGACCUACGGGAGGCCCAGGACCAGUUCGGAUAAUCGUCACUGGUGUUGGUGGCUGUGAGUGGGACCGAACUCAGGUUGCUGGGUUCGUUGCACAGCGUAGCGCGAACCAUUGCACGCCCGCUCCCCAAACACACACGUACAAAAACAAAGAUCCCCCGUAUAGCCUAAACAGACUGUACAAAACACGUACACGCACACGUUCACGCACACCCGGAAUCCCCGCGCUACCGCAGCCAUGCCAUCCCGCGCCCCUCCCCCGGAUACCGUGCGCAACAACCUCCGCAUGGCACCGUCUCCCACACCGUCUCCCCCGCGCGCCAUCUCCGACCUCCGCUACUUGGAUAUCGCCACCAGCGCCGACCCUCUGCCUCCACCUCCACUGCCUCUGCAGCCACCCGUGGGCGACGUCUUCAGCUGCUCCUCCGAGCCGGCGCCAGCGCCAUCACUACCCGACAUCAAACCGGUGCACCGCUUCAUCCCCGACUCGGUCAAAACGUUCUUCAGCCGGCGUGGUCGGUCGCAGGGCCAUCGGGGUCACCACGAUGACGAUGCCGGCACUGACGAUGGUUCGAGGUCGCUGGCGCCAGUGCUCGCUUCAUCCUCCGACUACUACCCCAGCAAGCGUGUCGGCGGCGACAUGGCCGACGACAACAGGUGGCACGUCGGCGGUGCCAGCAGCGGCGGGGUCGACGGCGUCGGCAUUGGCGGCGCCAGCAGCAGCGGGAAGGCCUCUGGGUUUAGCUACGGCACCCGGCGGGAGAAGGAAGGGCUGCUUCCCGACGGCGCCCACUACGAUGGCAUCUGGGAGGGGCCCUCGCUGUCCGGGAUCCCCACGAGCACGUUCCAGACGUACAGCCAGCGCGAGGAUGAGUACCGCGUGCGCUACGCCUAUAUGAAGUCGUGGCCAGGCCUCCUGCGCCUGCUGGGGGCAGUGCAGCUGCUGCUGGGCGCCAUUGUGUUCGCCUGCGUCUGCGCCUACAUCUACAAGGACAAUGAGUGGUACAACUUCUACGGCUAUGGGCGCCCCUCGGGCUCGCUCGGCAUCGCUGGCGGGGCAGGCUCCUACUACGGCAACUACAACUACGACGGCCCCAAGACGCCUUUCGUGCUGGUGGUGGCCGGCCUGGCCUGGCUGGUUACCGUCAUCCUGCUGGGCGUGGGCAUGACCAUGUACUAUCGGGCCGUCCUGCUCGACGCGGACUGGUGGCCGGUGACAGAGGCGGCCAUCAACGGGGCGCUAUUCCUGCUGUACCUGUCGGCAGCUAUUGUGUACGUGAACGACCUGAACCGGGGCGGGUUGUGCUCCUUCCAGUCGUACAACAACCCGUUGAGCGGGGUGUUCUGCAGGCAGGAGGGCGGACAGGUUGGGGCCACCAUCUUCCUGUUCUGCAACACCAUCGCCUACCUGGCGAGUACGGCUGUCGGGCUCAAGAUGUGGCGACACGAGAACGCUCGCAAGAGGCGGGAGCGGGCGGGCGUGGAGGAUUCGGAGAUGCACAGCUACGAUGCUCGGCCAGACAAUCGCAGCGACCGCAUCCACAGGGGUGGGGCUGUGGAGUUGGACCACAGCCCAGCUCCCAAGCGGAGGCCUGAGAUCCGGAAUGGUCACAUCCCAUCGGGGCACAUCCCCAAGCCUCUGGUGGUGCCGGACUACGUCGCGAAGUACCCGCCAAUCGGCUCUGACGAGGAGCGCGACCGCUACAAGGCGGUGUUCACCGACCAGUACGCCGAAUACCGGGAGCUGAGCGCCGAGCUGCAUGCCGUGGCGCGCCGCUUCACCCAACUAGAGGGGCUCAUCAAGCGGCUGCCUACCGAGUCGCACAGCCAGCAGGAGAUGGAGCGAGUGGCGAACGUGUUCCAGGAGUACGAGAAGAAAAAGAAUGACCCGGCGUUCCUGGAGAAGAAGGAGCGGUGCGAGUACCUCAAGGCCAAGCUGGCGCACAUCAAGCAGCGCAUCCAGGAGUACGACAAGGUCAUGACCUGGAGGGACGACCUCUGAUGGGGAGUCGCGAGGCUCCGGGACCCAGCUCGGCACCGGCGUAGCGAGUAGCCGAAACGGCCAUAUACAGUGACACACUGGAAACAGCACGCACACGCACAUGUACUGGAUGCAGCACACACACACACCGCCAACCCAACCAGCAAAACCGAUACAACCUACAUAGCCACGUACAGCAAUACACACACAGCCAACACAACCAGCAUAGUCAAUAUAACCUAGUGCGCACGGAUUGCGGAGCGGCGCUCACAGUUAACACAGCACACAGGCAAUGUUACUCAACUGGCAACACAUUGCACCGCACACACAGAGUACACUCGGUAGACAGCAACAUGCAGAGCUGCAGAGAGAGCAGCAGAUGGCAGUGCUGCGCAGGGGUUGCAAUGGCUCAAGAGCAUCACUUAAAAGUUUAAUAGAGCACAGGUUAACUCCGGUUUCCCUCUCACAAGGCAACAACCGAGCUCGUUACGAUUGAUGGAUUGACAGACUAAUUCUCAAUGCUUGGCGGUGAAUGCACCGAAUUACGAGUUGGCGAAUCUAUUCUUGAUGAUGCCGCCAGUAGCUUUAACGGUUGAACGAGAGGAGAGGAGGAGGGGCGCCUGUUGGAAGGGACUCGGCGGAGUGCGUGAACCCAGGGUGGCACGGGGGUGAAAGUGAUUAAAUGAAUGGGGCAUGGUCGAGUGUAUUUUUUUCUCCCAAAAGUAUUGUAUUAACAAGACGAUUCCUGUACACACAGACGAUUGUGGAGUGUUUUUUUGGGAAAAACUGGAAGUUGUGAAUGAAAAGCAAUGCGGCCAACCUUUGCCCUCUUGAGAAGUUGGUGCCCCCCCCCCCCCCCCCCCCGAUUGAGAUGCACGUAGCACGGGAUGCGAAACAGGGGACAAGCGGUUGGGGGGGAAAAGCACGCAGAGUGAGGUGCACGGUGGCUGCUGUUUGAGAGACGACCGGGAGAAUGGGUGGACCGUUGAGAGAGAGUGGUGUGACAGGGCAGGGCAUGGCGGUUAAAAACUAACGACAGUGGCGGUGUAAAUAACAUCAUCAACAACAACAAAAGUAGCACAGCAAACGUUCCGGUUAAUAAAAUAUGCCGGGUCUCUGAGAGUUGCACUCACGGUUCACCAAAGUUUUCCAAGCAGAUACAAACUUUCAAGAGAGAAUUUUAAGCCUACAUAUUUGUUAAACUGUGAUAUAAGAAAUACACUGUUUUCACAUCAGGUACUUAGCAGGCAGUUGUACAGAGCAUUCUAAGUGGAUUGUAGAGAAAGCAGUGGGGCAGUUUAGAGUAUCGUAGUAAAGUAGUACUGUACCGUACAUACAGACUGGCAGGGUCCUGAAGCUCCCGUUCGCAACAACGACGGAUCUACAAGAAGUCGGAUGGCUGUCGGAAAAAAUUUCCGGAUAUGGCGAAGGAAGAUUUGUCUUGUCGUUUCUAUGAGAACCGAUGCCGGUUAAUAGAAACAUUCCAGAUAGUAAAAGUGCCGGAUAAACAGAAGCUUUUGCUAUAAUAAUAAUACACUUGUCAUCUCGGCAAACCUCACCCAGUCUCAAGACUGUUAUGCGGGGAAGGAUGCUGCUGCCGCUGCGUCAGUAUGUUCGGCACGUGAAUUCCGUUGGCGUUUGAGAGGUUGGCUUCGAGUGGGAGUAAUACGUGGAGAAAUUUCCCUGAGAAAUUCGCGGACUAAUUCCCUGGAGAAAUUCCUGAAGAAAUACCGGGAGAAAUUCCUGAAGAAAUACCAGGAUCAAUUUCCAUGGGUGCUGGAGCUUUCCCCGGCGAGGCUGCUGUGCGUGCGAUCGAGAAUCUGUUUGUGGUGGGUUUUUUUUAAUAGCUGAAGAUUUUCUUUUUUUAACAUAUACACGUUAUUCGCCUUAACUCUUGCACACGUUCCGCGGGGGUGGUGGCGGAGGAGGCGAGCACGUACACCACUUUGCGUUGCUUUGUGUCUACUGUAGCCCUUGCUGGGUGUACGAUGAUGGGUCAGGACGCUGCACGUGAGCGUUGGUGGAGUGGCUCACCAUAGCCACGAGUUGGAGCCAGCGGUCCCCGGCAUCUCCGGAUAUGCCGGUUCAAUCCCACUUUCCCGUGCUGCCAAUUGAUGGAUGGGACAUGUUUGAUUCACAAUCGCCGUACGUUGCGUUGGGGUUCAACCCGAACGGCCGGGGCCACUCGAGGCGCUGCCAUUUGCUGCUGCGUUGACAAUUCAUCUUGUUGUCAGGUCGGGUUCAGGGGGGAGCGAAUCAUUCCAAUUCCAGUGACUUGCAUAUCUUACUUCUUAAGCACUACAUUCCAUAAUGAUGUGCCAUCAGGAAGAGCAGGUGGUGAUGGGUGGGACACGUGCAGGAUGGGCGACUGUACUGAUGACGCAGUUUGUAGGCGCUGCGGGACGGAUUUCUUCGUCGAAUGGUUUGUAAUUUCUUAAAUAAAGAGAAAACUACAAGA